UGUCAGUUUGUACAUACCGAUACGAUACGAAUAAUAAUAUUGUAAUUACUGUAUUUAAAUUUUAUUUUAAAAUUCUUUUAUUUUUUAGUAAGUACAGAGUAAGAACUUGGUUUAGAAGAAGAUUCUGGAUUGGGAUUACAUAAGUACCUUCGCUACCGUGUCAUUGCUGGCUGGGAUGUGCGCUGUGGUGGUAACUUACUGUUUAGUCGAUGAAAUAACUCUCAAUUCGUUAGAUUGGUGACGGUCUCAUUGGUCUCUGAUACCCAUGAUACAACGUGUUAGAAACGAAAAACCUUGAGCAGAACGUGAUCGUUACCACGGCUUUGUCUUUGUAGCAGUCUUCUGCUCGCUUUCCUCUAAAUCGUUUUGCAACAUCGGGAACGCUAGAAGGUGUAAGCGGACAGACUGUAUCGCUACUGGCUCCAGCAGCGUACGCGUGUUGUGGGGCUAUAAAUAGCUGCAUCAUUCAUAUGAUCCGAGCUCGUGAACCUGAUUCGAGAGACUGACUAACAACACGACUGAACUGCUCGACCAACACUGCACAGUUGCAGUUCACGAUUGUUGAAGAUCUUGUCAGCAGACUGUAACGGCGAUGGCUGUGCAGGAAGUGGAGCUCGGCGGAGGGGGAGUCUGUACGGAAUCCUUGGUGGCCGAUGCUCUGGCCGACGAAUUCCUCAGCGCUGCGAGUCGCGAUCCCUCGCAGGACAGCGCAUAUCGCGUGCCCCAUUACAGCGCGCACCCCUCCACUCGCCAAUGGCUGUGUCCGGGCUGCGGCAUGCAGGCGGCGGCCUUCUUCUGUCCGCAGUGCGUCAUGCACGGCAACUUCACCUGCUCCACGCUUCCCGCGGGCAAACGCUUCUCCGACCGCCGUUUGGCCUUAAUACAGGUUUGUCAGCGGCGGCUGGAGAUGGCCAACGACUUUAUUGGUUUGUCGGAGGAGCUGCACCGUUUCGAAGAUACGCAGCGCUGCACGGACCAAGCCCGCUGGCGUGUGCAGUGUCUGCGGGAGCACCUGAACCGGCUGCGCAGCGCCAACGACCACAUCCGCGCUCAAGUGGUCAGCGAGGAGCGCUGUAUCCAACAGGAGAACAGCAAGUUCGAUCACCUGCAAAUAACCUGCACCGCCACUAAGAAACGACUCAUUCGCGACACCGAAACACUGCAGGAGCGCCGGCGAGAAGCCCACCUGCUGGAAGUUAAGAUUAUGAAGAUGCGCCAAACAGCCGUCCGGCAUUUGGUGAGAGAUAUUUUUCCGCUGAUUGAAAUGGACGCCAACUUGCAGCCCGUCCGCACGGCGUCCGACCAGCCGGUAGAAUACUGUCGCAUUCUGGAGCCCAUUCUGCCGCUGGAUGGCAAUUACUCUGCUUAUCACAAUUACGCCUCCCAGGUGCGCGAACUCCCCGACGUCAACGUGCGCAACCCGCUGUACGAGGUACCGGCGGGGCUGGGUAUGGUGGCACAGCUGCUGCACGUGCUGGUACAGAUUCUCAACUUCCAAAUGCCAGAUCUGGUAGAGUAUGGCCAGUUCCUGGGAGCCGAAAUGGACGAGAGUUCCUUCCAGAAGGCCGUUUACCAGCUCAACUGGAAUAUUCUCACACUCUGCUCCUCCCAGGGCAUCCUCGUCGAUGAGCUGUCGCUGAAGGAGACACUGGGCAAUCUCCUCAACCUCAUCAAAUCGCCGAAAUUGGGCCAGACGGGUCCGUAUGAUUUGAGCAAUGUGCUGGUGUUCACCGAGGAUGAGCUGAGUAGUACCAGUGACUCCCGACUCACGUUGGAGGAAGCCGAACAGAGGACGGAGCUGCUGGAUACGGAAGGCAGUGACGAGGCUGACUGGGAGACCAUCCCGGCGGCCUCGGCUUCCGUCUUACCGGCCGCUAGCCCCCAGGACCAACUGACUCGGUCUACAUUGGGUUCGGCAGUCAAUGCGGUAUCGGCGCUGUUCCGCUCCAGCGCAGAUUAUGACCAUCGUCGCUACAAAUGAUUAACUGCCAGCGUGUGAUGAUUGCUCUGUCUUGCCGGUGACGUGUUGCUUCAUCGCGCUUUCAGGAUGAUACUUCUGGCCGGCGCAGCUGCACUGUUGCGAUGUACAUUACGCUUUCUGCUUGUUGCGAAUUCGGUUAUGUGGAGUUAUAGAGAAUUGUUGGCACUUGGCAUCGUUUCUCUGUCAUGUGAAAAUAGGAAAUCCACUUCGUUUCGUUAUAAAAAAUUAAUUAUUGCAUCCUCUUUUGUUGCACUUCUACGCUGAUAGCGGGAUCUUGAGGCUUACGUUUGUUACAUCUGAAUGCGAUGAACUCAGAGUGAAUAUCAAAAACACCUACUACCUGGGACUA